ACCUAUUAGCACAUUGUAUUAUCACACUUGGGGUGCUUUCACUCAUCUCUUGAAAGCCCUCCCCCCCAAAAAAACUUCCGUCCCCCUGCCAAGGUGGUUCCCUUUGGCACUUGCUAUAGGAGACCAUCAACCCGAACACUCCCAAGUAAUUGGACUCCCCAAAAGUCCUCCACCUGGGUCCCCUUCUCACCCCACUGGACUUGAGGCUGGGCCCCAAUCCCAAGGGAGGGUUAGGGGGAAGAGGUUCCCCAGUGUUAAGGGAAUUGUGGGCGUGGGGAAGCUGACACCUGAGCCCAGUCCCAAAGUCUUCCUAUCACCUGGCACAGCUGGUGGGGACAAUUGUUUUUCAAAUGAAGGGUGGGAAAGACAGCCAGCCGACAGGGCACACCGAAAGGAAACAGGUCAAGGAGAUCUCCCGGCGCCUGUUCUAGGCCUUUUCCUCUCGGAGGGGCAGCAGGAAGUGAAGAGAAAGGGCUGGGAUGGGAGGCGGGAGCGAGUGGGAGGGAAUGGGGCUUAUCAAGUCCCCGGCAGGCUACCCAGCGGGCAGCAGCUGGCGCAAGCAGCCUGGCUGGAGAAGUUCACCACGGGAAGGCGGAGGCCGCUGACCUACUGGGCCGACGGACUCCCCACACAGGUGAGCGAAGCGCAGCAGUAGGCUGUGCCGGCCGCAGACGCACUCCCAGCGGCGCGUUCCCUCCUCGCCGGCGCCGACACGGAGACUGGGCAGGCGGGCAGACGGGCAGAGAGGCGAGCCCAGACUGGUGAGCUUAGUCCCAAACGGAUGAGCCGAUCUAAGAGGCGAAGUCUCACGCCAGGCUUGUCCCGGUGUGCUUCUACGCCUGCUUCCCAGCAAGGGAACUUGAGAAGCAAAAGAGCGCGGGACAUGGAAAGCAAGCCCCCGCGAUCUCAGUGGCCUUUCUCCGAGUUCCUGAGCUGGUGCUGCAUUUCCUGCAGUUCCCAGCAUGCUGGCAGGCCUAGGCCCCAUCGUCACACUGGCCCUGGUGCUGCCAGUGGCAUGGGCCAUGGAACUGAAGCCCACAGGGCCACCCAUCUUCACAGGCCGGCCUUUUGUGGUAGCCUGGGAUGUACCCACACAGGACUGUGGCCCACGUCACAAGGUGUCACUGGACCUGAAGGCUUUCGAUGUGCAGGCCUCACCCAAUGAAGGUUUUGUGAACCAGAGUAUCACCAUUUUCUAUUACGACCGGCUAGGUCUGUACCCACACUUCAAUGAAGCCGGGAUGUCUGUACAUGGUGGUGUGCCACAGAAUGGCAGCCUCCAGGAACACCUGGGGAUGCUGAGGAAACCUGUGGAGCACUAUAUUCGCACUCGGGAGCCUGCAGGGCUGGCCAUCAUCGACUGGGAGCACUGGCGGCCUGUAUGGGUGCGCAACUGGCAGGACAAAGAUGUGUAUCGCCAGUGGUCUCGCCAGCUGGUGGCCAGUCGUCACCCUGACUGGCCAAAAGACCAGAUAGUCAAAGAGGCACAGUAUGAAUUCGAGUUUGCUGCACGGCAGUUCAUGCUGAAAACACUACACUACGUCAAGUCAGUGAGACCUCAGCACCUCUGGGGCUUCUACCUCUUUCCUGACUGCUACAAUCAUGAUUAUGUGCAGAACUGGGAGAGCUACACAGGCCGCUGCCCUGACGUCGAGGUGGCUCGCAAUGAUCAGCUGGCCUGGUUGUGGGCCGAGAGCACAGCCCUUUUUCCCUCUGUCUACCUAGAUGAAACCCUGGCUUCCUCUGCUCAGGGCCGCAACUUUGUCAGCUUCCGUGUUCAGGAGGCCCUCCGUGUGGCUCAAAGCCAUCAUGCCAAUCAUGCACUCCCAGUCUACGUCUUCACACGACCCACCUAUACCCAUACCAGCAAGCUCACAGGACUUAGUGAGAUGGACCUCGUUUCUACCAUCGGUGAGAGUGCAGCCCUCGGUGCAGCUGGUGUCAUCCUCUGGGGCGACACCUCAAGUAUGGAGACCUGCCAGUACCUCCAGAAAUACUUGACUGAUCUGCUGGUCCCCUACGUAGUCAAUGUGUCCUGGGCCACCCAGUAUUGUAGCUGGGCCCAGUGCCAUGGCCAUGGACGCUGUGUGCGCCGCAACCCCACCUCCAAUACCUUCCUGCACCUCAACACCAGCAGCUUCCGCCUAGUGCCUGGCAGGGUACCCGAUGGACUCCAGCUACAACCUGAGGGAGAGCUCAGCCGGGCUGACCUCAACUACCUGAGGACACACUUUCGUUGCCAGUGCUACUUGGGCUGGGGUGGUGAACAGUGCCAGGACCAUGGGCAUGCAGCUGGAGGUGCCAGCAGGGGCUGGGUCGGGUCCUACCUCAGCAGCCUCCUGGCUGUGGGAGCCAUAGCCCUUACCUGGACCUUGUAGUGGUCCUCCACAUGGCUGUCAAGCCAGCUGGCUUGGGCUGUAGAGGCUCUCCUGGGCAUGAAGGAGCCGGUAGGGGUAAGACAACCUUGAAUCUGGAGGGGGCAGAGCCCCCAGGAUGCCUAGCAAGAUACCCACACCAGCUGCCAGACCCCUGUUCUAAGGGGGAGGUUUGGAAAUUCCCUGAGAGGCUCUUUCUCUCCCUACCAAAGGGAAGAGGAUACAGCUGGGCUGGGGAGGGCCUGACCCUACUCCCUUGCCCCUGGAUAGUUUGUUGUUGUUAUUAUUAUUAUUGUUAUUGUUAUUAUUAUUAUUAUUUUCUGGUCUCUUUUGUAAAUUAAAGAUAAAACAGUUUCA